CCAGCCCACCUUGCGUAUGGAAAUAUGGCGGCCCCUGCGUCGACGACUACUCGGUAGUUCUUUAGCCCUCAAAACACAUUCAACACUAAGAGAUAGUGAAAAUCAUUAACGGGGUUUAUAUUAGGGAAGUGAGUCUCACCGCUACGGAUGGUUUGUUUAGUAAAACAACCUGUCAGCACUUUAGUAAACUGGAUAAAAGUCAGGUUGAGUAGCUGAGCUGAAGUGCCUCAGGUCCGGGUGUAACGUUAUCUGGAGCCCCAGGAGGGAGAAAAGCUUGGAUACGGAAGUCAAAGACGAGGACUUUGUCAUGUGAAGUGUGUGAAACGUGUUAACAAUGAGCUCGGGAUGACUUCAGUCUUAGUUUAUUGUGCUCACGACUCGUUUGGAAAACUUGCCAACUAAGUUAACUAGCUGUUGUUGACUAGCUAACUAACGAGUGAAGCUGAGGCGAGGUCCUGUUAGCUAGUCGAUGCUAAAACACCUUUAAACAUUAAACUGUAACUUUUAUUAGGUGAGUACUGAUAUGUCAAGUUAUAUAACGUUACAGUUAUAGCAGAGCAGGUAGACACUUUGACUUAUACGUUUAUAAUUUGCACAAACAAUUCAUUAUUAUUAUUAUUAUUAAUUAUUAUUCUAACAACAUUGUUGAUGUUGACCUGCACUAAUGUUCAGUGUGAACUGAUAACAUUCCUUUCAUUUUAUUAGGUUACAAACAAAUAAAAUAAAAUCCUCGGCUUGUAAUCGUUUAGUGGUUGUAUUUAUAUUAUAUUUAAAAAAAAAUUUAAAUGCCAAUUUAAGUAUAGACUCUUAUCUAUUUCCGUAACACAAGAAUACACUACUUUUCUUAGAUUGAUGCAAUUUUCAGUACAUUUUGUACUGACAGUAACCAAAUCCAAAUCGUCGAUGUAGUUUCCUUUAUUAUUAACUAAAUGUUCUCAGGUUAAAUCAUUAAUCAAGCUUGACAGAAAUGAUGCUUCUUUACCAGGUUGUUAUACAUGCCUUAUGCACUACUGGGCACCUGGAUGCUUUAAACGUGUCAUUUUAGUUUUUAAGCUUGAUCGUUUUUGAGGAAUGCUGUUGUUCGAGCCGUCGUUUCUAAACACAGAAUGUAGUUUUACGUCCUCUUUCUGUAACCGUAUUCCGUAUCGAGAUGAUUUGAUUGUACAAAUUACUUCUCGUCCACCUGUGUGUGUUAACGUUUGAAGAAAAAAAAAGCACCUCUCAGCUACUCGAUUCAUGACACAAAUAACGCAACCGGCGACGAUCCGUGUCAGCCUUGUCGCUGUGCUGGACAGGGAAAAGAGACACGAUUUGGGAUUUGGGAUUUGGAGGCCACACUGACAGAAAGUGUGCUCCUUGAAGUGGUCUUCACUACAGAGAGGCUCCCUUUGAGUCUAUUUCGAUCCAUCGCUGUGAUAUCACGAUCGUAAUCGAUUGUGAUUCCCGGCUUCGGCCUGGCAUCCUGCCCUUAUGGGGCAGCAGCCAGGGAAGUUUGUUGGCGACCAACGGAGGCCGAGUCUGCCUGCUCUGAACUUCAUCAAGAGCGGUGGGAAGAGGGAUUCGUCACGCCAUGGACCUCUGCCCUGCAACGUGUUUGCCGUUCAUGAAGCUCGACCGGAUUUUGAGCCCUCUGGUCUGUCUGAGGCGGCGCGCUGGAACUCUAAAGAGAACCUGUUGGCAGGACCCAGUGAAAAUGACCCCAAUCUGUUCGUAGCGCUGUACGACUUCGUGGCGAGCGGCGACAACACGCUCAGCAUCACCAAAGGAGAGAAGCUGCGAGUGCUAGGUUACAAUCACAAUGGCGAGUGGUGUGAAGCACAGACCAAGAAUGGCCAGGGUUGGGUGCCCAGCAACUAUAUCACACCUGUCAACAGUCUGGAGAAGCACAGCUGGUACCAUGGGCCAGUGUCCCGCAACGCCGCCGAGUACCUGCUCAGCAGCGGCAUUAACGGCAGCUUCCUGGUGCGAGAGAGCGAGAGCAGCCCAGGGCAGCGGUCCAUCUCACUACGCUACGAAGGUCGCGUCUACCAUUACCGCAUCAAUACAGCCUCUGACGGCAAGCUCUAUGUAUCAUCAGAGAGUCGUUUCAACACACUGGCCGAAUUGGUGCACCACCAUUCCACUGUAGCUGAUGGCCUCAUUACGACACUACACUACCCAGCACCCAAACGCAACAAGCCCACCAUCUACGGCGUCUCGCCCAACUACGACAAGUGGGAGAUGGAGCGCACAGACAUUACUAUGAAACACAAACUGGGCGGAGGCCAGUAUGGAGAGGUGUAUGAGGGGGUCUGGAAAAAGUACAAUCUCACUGUUGCUGUGAAAACGCUAAAGGAGGACACAAUGGAGGUGGAAGAGUUCCUAAAGGAGGCUGCGGUCAUGAAAGAAAUCAAGCAUCCCAAUUUAGUUCAACUAUUAGGUGUCUGUACACGGGAACCUCCAUUCUACAUCAUUACGGAGUUCAUGACCCACGGUAACCUGCUGGACUACCUGCGUGAGUGUAACCGCGAGGAGGUCAAUGCUGUGGUGCUGCUCUACAUGGCCACUCAGAUUUCCUCAGCAAUGGAGUAUUUGGAGAAGAAGAAUUUUAUUCACAGGGACUUGGCUGCCCGCAACUGCUUGGUCGGGGAAAACCAUUUGGUGAAGGUAGCGGAUUUUGGUUUGAGUCGUCUGAUGACUGGAGACACAUACACAGCUCAUGCCGGAGCCAAAUUCCCUAUCAAAUGGACUGCACCAGAAAGCCUGGCAUAUAAUAAAUUCUCAAUCAAAUCAGAUGUAUGGGCUUUUGGAGUGCUGCUAUGGGAGAUUGCCACCUAUGGGAUGUCCCCAUACCCUGGGAUAGAUUUGUCCCAGGUAUAUGAGCUACUUGAGAAGGACUAUCGCAUGGACAGACCUGAAGGAUGCCCAGAGAAGGUCUAUGAGCUAAUGAGAGCCUGUUGGAAAUGGAAUCCAGCAGAAAGGCCAUCCUUUGCAGAGACCCAUCAAGCAUUUGAAACUAUGUUCCAGGAAUCCAGCAUCUCAGACGAGGUGGAGAAAGAAUUGGGGAAAAAGGGUAAGAAGCUGACACUUGGACCCAUGCAGCAGGCCCCAGAGUUACCCACCAAAACUAGGACGAUACGCAGACCCAUGGAGAAAGAUGGAGACAGCCCUGAUGGUGCAGAGGCAGAGGUAGCUGUGUCGCCGAUGCUUCCUCGGAAGGAGAGGCUUUUGGUAGAUAGCAAUCUAAAUGAGGAGCCAAAAUCCAAGACCAGCCUCAACCCCUUGAUCAGUUUAAUCAAAAAGAAAAAGAAAACCGCUCCUACCCCUCCAACACGUAGCAGUUCCUUUAAGCACCCCAGGGAUGAUUUUAACAACGGCUCUUCAUUUAAUGAUGCCACGCUAGGUAUGGACCCUUCAAAGUUCCUCUGCCUGAAUAAUAAUGGAGCUGGGGGUCUGACUAAUGGAGCCCCUGCAUAUCCUGGCCAGGUUUUUCCACCACACCCACGGAAAAAGGGCACACCGGGAAAUUCCAGUGUUGGGAGACUGGCAACGACGCCCCCAGGUGAAGACGAUCUGUCGAACUCAAAGCGCUUUCAGAGGUCCUCAUCAGCCUCAAGCAUGCCGCCAGGAUCAGACCGCAAAGAGUGGAAGUCGGUCACACUCCCCCGUGAUGUGCAGUCUCGCCACUUUGACUCAAGCACCUUGGGAAGCAAACCUGCUCUGCCCCGCAAGAGCACACCACGUGGUGGCACUCUUACUCCACCCCCACGCCUGUCCAAAAAGACUGAAGAUGCUUUAGACGAGGUUUUUAAGGAUUCUGAAUCUAGUCCGGGAUCAAGCCCCCAGACUCUAACGCCCAAGUUGGGUCAUCGGCCACAAAUACAGAACGAAAGCUCCAAAACUAGUGCCUUCCAAGCAGACCUGCUUAAAUUGAAUGCAUUCUCUGCCCUGGGAGCAGCUGGGGAGGAGUGUAGAGCACGCCGACACAAACAACCUCUAGAUAUCUUGGGUCAGAGAGAGAAGGAUAGGGGGAAGGUUACAAAGUCCAAGCCAGCUCCUCCUCCACCUCCACCCUCGAGUGUCAAAUCUGGGAAGGUUUCAAGGAGCCCCACACAAGACCUAACUGCUGACACCAAAGUCAAAGUCAGUCUUGACCUAAGCCCCUCUGGCUCCGAACAAGGCAGAUCCUUCUUGCCCCAGGAAAGCACCAAAAAACUUAGCACCUCGAAAGCACAGUCAGCAAAGACCACGCCCACUUCUCCGAUCAGUCAGCCAGUGGGAGUAGUGCCCAGCUCACCUGCUGGAGAUCAGGGCUCAGCUACGGCUUUCAUCCCCCUUGUGACUACGCGCCGCUCUUUAAGGAAAACACGACAGAACGAACGUAUUCCCAACUCGACCAUUACGCGGGAGAUGGUCCUAGAGAGCACAGAGCUUCUGCGUGCUGCCAUCAGCAGGAACUCUGAGCAGACGGGCAGUCACAACGCGGUUUUGGAGGCUGGCAACAACUUGUCCAAGUACUGCCUGAGCUACGUGGACUCCAUACAGCAGAUGAGGAACAAGUUUGCAUUCCGUGAGGCCAUCAACAAGCUGGAGAACAGCCUGAGGGAGCUGCAGAUCUGCCCUUCAGCCACAGGGGGUGCUAGCACACCACAAGACUUUACCAAGCUCCUAUCAUCUGUCAAGGAGAUUAGUGACAUUGUUCAGAGGUAGCGGAAGUUCACCGACCCUCCCUGUAUUUUUCCCCUUUUCAGGGAAACCAGCAGAAUAACGAUCUUGAUAAGAUUUAGAGGGGGGAAUAUUUUCUCUGAUUGGCUGUGACAUACAUUUUUCCUAAACAAUCUGAAAUCAACUCUCAUUUUAAAAAAAUACUGUAGGACUUGAUAGGUUGCAUAUCAUAGGACAGAAGCCUCUGGGUGUUGAGCACAAAUUCAAAAGAACCUUCAUGUCAAUUGGUUUUGAUCAUAAAAGAAUCUUGAAAUCUGAAAAGAUCCAAGCCUGCAUAUUAGUUACAUUGAACUAAUUGGGUCUUUAGAAGUGUUUCUUAAAAAAAAAAAAAACAGCCAAAAACUCCAAAGUCUUCUCUGAUUUUGUUCAUUACAGUAUCAAAGACAAACCUCACAUUGUGUUAUCUGGGGCUUACUCAAGAAAUCCACUCUAGAUAUUUGUGUACAGAUGGGAGACUAUCGUGGUUUUGACAAAGACCUUUGUUCCCCAGCUUGUUUUUUUUCCCAUUUAUUGUUUUUUUUUUGAGUAAAGGGCUCUGUUGUGUGAUGUUACAGCCCCAUUGUUAAUAUCGAGCCCAGUUAAGUAUUAGAGAAUCACUGUGCCAUUAAAGUUCCAAAUCAGUGCAGUUCUUUUGAACAGAUUGUGCCUUAAACGUUGUUGCCCUUAAAGACUGUCGCACCAAUAAUCAGCCAUGUGGCCUUGGAAAUCCAGGACUGACUGAGCAUUUUAACUUAUACAUUCAGCUACAGUAAUUGACAUGGAUUUUUGAUAUUCUGAAAACUACUGUCUCUAGGAGCUGGAGAAGGACUGGUGAAGCAAGACCUGCAACAAAAAAAAAAUUAUGUAUCUGAAUUUUAUUAUAUUAUCUAAUGAUCUGAAGCCGGCACUCGUUGCAUCGCUUUGUAAUGUUCUGCACACCACUCACAUAAAGCCUAGAUACACCUGGUUGUUUUGCGUGUCUUGGGUAUCGGGAUAACGUUUCCUCAGGUUAGAGCUAAAAACUCCUGGAAACAAGGAAAUGCUGCCCAUGCGUAUUGAGCAUAAAUAAAUAAAUAAUAAUUUCGAUUAGUGCAUGCAAGUUAAAAUCACAAAGACUAAAUCUAAUCCAGGAUGCAUUAAUCAACCAGGUGUAAACAGGGUUCAGAUUGCUGAGAGACUUUAAGGAUUAGAAUCACUAACAUGAUUCAAGGUUUUCUGAUGUCCCGUAGUUCAGUGGCAAGGUCACUUGCCUCGUCUUAUACACGUCGUUAAACGUUAAGACCGGGAUGUAUCGAGAGUUAAGAAAUCGUAUACUUAACCAACCAAUGAACCUUCACUGCUAAGUCAGAAACUCUUACUGGAAAGAUGUUCUUUUACAUUUUACACGUAUUGUUUUACAGUAUUAGUGUUUGCAUUUUCAACACUCAGCCCUCUGACUGCCAUGCUUGAGGAUGAAGCCAACCACAAGCUGCCUUAGUUUCAACAUGGUACUGCCAACGUUGACUUGUUUUUAUCUCCAUAAAAAAAAAAAUCAUGCCACUACUUUUUUUUUUAAUGCGUCACGGAUUUGUACACUACUUUGCUCAUCUUUGUAAAUACACAUUUCUUACUCUUUCUUUGUUCGUUCCUCUUUGUUGUAACCAUGGUGCAAUUUCCUGCAUAAAAUACAAAGCAAUUUUGUUACUUGAA